AGCAAGGAUGUGGUCACAGGCAAAGCCUCUGAAAACAGAAGUGCUACUAACAAAAUUUUUCUUGAUAGCAUUUAAGGGAAAGUAUCUCCAAUGAGAAAACUGAUUUCCUUCAUCUGUGACUAAACCACGGAAAACUACAUCCAGUUUCACGCUAGGAGAAAUGCUAUUUUGAAGUUGUCAUCAGCAAGGUUUCAAUAUGACGAACUGCUCAACUGAAGGUGUGGAUACUUUAACAAAGAAGCUGGAUUUGGUGAUUUACGUGCCCAUCCUGGUGUUCGGCUUGGCGUUAAACAUUAUGGCGUUGGUGGUGUUCUGCAGGCUGCUCCGAAAAUGGACAGAGUCUUCAAUCUACAUGACUAAUCUGGCACUGAUGGACCUGCUGCUGCUGCUUCAGUUGCCCUUCAAAAUGCACGCCGCGCACCACGAGUGGGCAGAGGACAAGAAGCUGCUCUGCUCCUUCCUGGAAAGUCUUUAUUUUGUGGCUAUGUAUGGUAGUAUCUACACAAUUGCAUGCAUAGCCCUAGACCGAUACUUCGCAAUAAACCACCCGUUUCGUGCCAAGCAGUUGCGCUCGAAAAGAAACGCCUUGAUUAUUUGUGUGUUCAUCUGGCUGUUUGUGAUGGGAGCCACUUCACCGAUUUACACCUUCCGCAGAGAAAAGACUGGUAAUUUUACAUGUUUUCAUGGUUUUUCGGAUAAAGGUUGGAGCACUGCACUAAUUGUGUGCCUGGAGGUCUUUGGUUUCCUGUUGCCUGCCGCGGUACUGGUGGUGUGUUCGAUUCAGAGCAUCCGUACACUCAAAGCUACAAAAAACAGCAACCGUAAGAAGCAAGCUGGUGUGAGAAUCAUCUACAGCAGCCUCGCUGCCUUCCUAGUGCCCUUCACUCCUUGUCACAUUGCCAUAUUCCUCCAGUAUCUAGUCCGAAAUGACCACAUUUUAGACUGCAAAAAGAAGCAGGACAUCGCUCUCUUCAUACAGGUCUCUAUCAACAUCGCAAAUGUGACCUGCUGCUUGGACGCACUGUGUUACUAUUUCAUCGCCAAGGAAGUUCGAUCCACCAAAGAUACACUCAAACUGUCCAUUAGCAGAGGCAGAACCACCAGCAGCUCAGAUGUCUGACGAGCCAAAUUCAUUGUACUAUACUUUCACAAUGUGUGUUGAUGGACUUCCAGUGGAAGUAGAGCCACGGCCACAAAAUCUUGUAUAUAAAAAAAGUCAUUGAAGGCUUGAAGCACACAGCGCAAAGGAAUUGCAUUUCUAUGAAAAAUCCUGCAGGGUCACCUCAGGGAUUUUGCCAGACUCACCUGAAUCCAGGGAGAAAUCUUUGAAGCGAAUCUUUUGCCUUUGCACUAACCUUCAGAUCAUGUGGAUUUCUACUGAAGUUACAGGAUUUUACAAAAUUGCCACAUAAGUGUAAAUGUGGGCAAGACUUAGGAAAUGAUUCAGGACCGAUAUCCUAGGUUACUGAGGUUUGGCGAAUAGUUUUUGGACACAAAAGGAAAAUUAUUUGUUCGUCUAGUUGAAGUGAUAGUUCAAAAAUGUAAAAUGCUGUGAUAAUUUAUACACAAAGGCUGUCAUAAAACUAUAUGGCUUUGUUUCUUUUUAAAUAUUUAAGAAUAUAUUUUGAGAAUUGCUUUUUUUUUUGGCCAAUCAGUGCCCACAAGCUGGGCAUCAGAGAUGUUUGGUUCCCACUUGUCCCACAGAAACAAUGCAGGUUUGUGCAUGAGUAAAUUAUGACAGUAUUCAUUUCUUAAUUGUACUGUUCAUUUACUUUAAAAAGCAUGUACAAUUGAAGAAGAAGCAUGAACAGAACAUAAACAUUACAAGAUUUUUAGCAUUACAUAGCCUUGCAGAUCUGGCAUUUAGGCUGUGUGGUAUUUCAAAAUCACGACCUUAAAAAUCUAUUUGUAAAAUGUAAAUCUAACUCCCACUAAGACAACACUCAUCGGAAACUCUGCCAUCAUACGCCAUAGGAGCUAACUCAGUCACUGUUUUCUAAAGUAAUUCAGCGUUGACUGUCAGGAAGAAGUUUUUCACUCAUCAUAGCACACGUGCUGCUGCUGAUGUGACAACAAAAGUGAUUUGAUUUGAAAGAAGUUCACUGGUUGCAGCGCGGGCAUGGUUUUGUACGUAAUGGCUGCAAAUGGGACACUUGCAGGCACUCUUCUAGAGCCUAAAAUGAGAAAUAGGACUAUGGACCUUUGCAAGUGAGAGACAAACCUUUAAAGUCUGCAGGACCAAGUGAGUAUGAAGUGUGUCACUUAGGUUUGGGAUAAUAAAUCCUUUUAAAGUAUUUCUUCCCAUCAAUAAAUUCUUAAGUACACA